UCAGGCGCUGACUCGCAGUCUACGCUCGCUCGCAUCUCGUCUGGUUUCUCCUCAGUCUCCGAGUCGCUUUCCCCGCGCGCGACCGCGGCCGUGGGCGCCAUGAACUGCGAGAACUUCGCGGCGGGCGAGCGGUUGGUGUCCCCGGCCUACGUGCGGCAGGGCUGUGAAGCCCGCCGCUCCCACGAGCACCUCAUACGGCUCCUGCUGGAGAAGGGUAAAUGUCCAGAAGAUGGUUGGGAUGAAAGUACUGUUGAGCUGUUUCUUCAUGAACUUGCCAUUAUGGAUAGUAACAAUUUCCUGGGCAACUGUGGUGUGGGAGAAAGGGAAGGUAGAGUAGCAUCUGGGUUAGUUGCCCGUCGACAUUACAGGUUCAUUCAUGGAAUUGGAAGAUCAGGUGAUAUUGCUGCUGUGCAACCCAAAGCUGCAGGUUCUAGCCUUUUGAACAAAAUAGCCAAUUUGUUAGUUCUGGACAUCAUAAGGCUGGCUGGCGUUCGUUCAGUGGCUAACUGCUUUGUUGUUCCAAUGGCAACUGGUAUGAGUCUAACCCUGUGUUUCUUGACACUACGACACAAAAGACCAAAAGCAAAAUAUAUUAUUUGGCCACGGAUAGAUCAAAAGUCAUGCUUUAAAUCCAUGAUCACUGCAGGUUUUGAGCCUGUGGUGAUAGAGAAUGUAUUAGAAGGUGAUGAGCUCCGCACAGACCUGAAGGAAGUGGAAGCUAAAAUCAAGGAGCUUGGGGCUGAUAACAUUCUAUGUGUUCAUUCUACUACAUCCUGUUUUGCUCCAAGGGUGCCUGAUAGAUUGGAAGAACUGGCUGUGAUCUGUGCUAAUUAUGAUAUUCCACAUAUAGUCAAUAAUGCAUAUGGAGUGCAAUCUUCAAAGUGUAUGCAUCUCAUACAACAGGGUGCUCGAAUAGGUAGAAUAGAUGCCUUCGUUCAGAGCUUGGACAAAAAUUUUAUGGUUCCAGUAGGUGGUGCUAUCAUUGCUGGCUUCAGCGAAUCCUUCAUUCAAGAAAUCAGCAAGAUGUAUCCAGGAAGAGCUUCAGCUUCCCCAUCUUUAGAUAUUCUUAUUACCUUACUAUCCUUGGGAUCAAAUGGCUAUAAGAAGCUAUUAAAAGAAAGAAAGGAAAUGUUUCUAUAUUUAUCCACUGAAAUAAAAAAACUAUCAGAGCUCCACAAUGAAAGAUUGUUGGAUACAUCCCAUAAUCCUAUAUCACUAGCUAUGUCCCUUAAAACAUUGGAUGAGCGUACUGACAAAGCUGUCACACAACUUGGAUCUAUGCUUUUUACUAGACAAGUGUCUGGAGCAAGGGUUGUACCUCUGGGGAUUCUGCAAACUGUGAAUGGCUACACUUUCAAAGGCUUUAUGUCACAUGCAAAUAGCUAUCCUUGUGCUUACCUCAAUGCUGCAUCAGGAAUUGGAAUGAAACAACAAGAUGUAGACUUAUUCAUUAAAAGGCUUGAUAAGUGCUUGAAGUCUGUGAGAAAAGAAAAAAGCAAAGAGAGUGAUGUUGAGAGUGCAGUUGAUAAUUGUAACAUCACUGAAGAUGUGAAUAUUCAAGAGACGGCCUUAAAUCUGGAUAAUGCACUUGUUCUCAAUGAAUGCAAAGAAUUUUAUUCCUGACAUUUGCAGUUUUUCUGUUUAUAGUUUCAAAUAAAUUUUAAAAAAUAACUGCAAUGAAUAAUAAAAAAUUUUAAUUCACAAUUCCUUUGAAAAUGUUUAGUUAAUGUACUUGAAGAGAGUGAAUUGAAUUAACAAAUUAUUAUUAUCUUUUGAUUCUUGGGCUGUUUCAUAAUUAUGCCUCAAUUUUUAUAAUUUUCCACAGAAUAAAAUACACUUAACAUUUUUCUAACUGAAAAGUUGUCAGCUAUGCACUUUUAUUCAAGUAGUCCUUACUAAUAUAAUGAUAAUAAAAUUACCUAUAAUUCUCUUUGAAAUAUUUGAGCUGCUUUUUUUCCUGACUGUGCUCCAUCAUUUACACAUCAUAUAUGUUCUAAAUUUAUCCUGUUGUAUAAUUCAUAUUUUGGUAGAUAAGUAUAUCCUAAGGAAGGUUGAUAAAAACACACCCUUUAAUUUGUUUUUAUUAAAAUAAAGUGCUUUUCAAGAAAUGGUGAAUUUUUCAAAUUUUCUUUAGUUAUCUAGUUUUACUUUUUAAUGAAAUACUUCCCUAUGGGUCACAGUGUGAUGGAGUGACCAGAGUACUAUACUGAAAAUUAGGUCACCUGUAUUUUCAUUGCAACCAUGUCAUUGUCUGAUUGUAUAACCUUGAGCAAGUCAACUAACUUCUGUGGUUCAAUUUCCUUAUCUGUAAAAUGAAAGGAUUUGACUGAAUGAUAUUUAGGAUCCCUUUCUGCUCUAAAAUUCCCUGAUCCCAGAUUUCCUUGAACAAAUACCCUGCAUUUUGGCAUACGAGAAACAUAAGUGAUGAUCAACAUGAGUUGUUCCAAAAAUGCAUUUUUAUUAAAGAAAAUUUAAAAAUACAUCUACAUAUGCUUUCCUUUAAGCUCAUAAUAAUAUUUGGUCUUUUGAAUCUAUCUGCUAUAAAAUAAUAUGCUUACAUAAUCUUUUAAGGGGCAAGCAAUACUAGUAUUGAUUAACUCAAGCAUAGUCAGACAUAUAUAUCUGCUGCUAGAGUAGAAAACGAUUCAGUGUGAAAAUAGUUGCUUCUCAUAAGAGGUAUUCCUGGAAUUCUUUGACUUGAGCAUAGGCUUAUGUUCCAUAUAGAUCAAAAUGCCAGAAAAACUCCCAAUUGAGAUACCUUUGAUUUCAUGAUUGUAUCUUUUGGUUUUUAUUGAUUUGGCAAAUAAACUUAUUUUAAAGAGAGAAUUUUCUGGUAUUUGGGCUUACAUGAAGCAUUAGUUAAAACAUUAGCUAUAACAAAUUCCACUAAAUGUGAAAGGAAUACUUUAUAAACAAAUUUAAUGUUUUAAAAAUUUUAGCAGUUAUGUACUAUUCUUCCCCCAAAUUCUAAAUUGGGAAAAUUUGUAUUCCAAGCAUCACAUUCAUACCUGUUUUCAUUAUGUUAUCUUUUAAAUUUCAACAAUAUUUUAAAAUUUAAAUUUCCUUUUGAAAUUUUUACUCACUUUGCAUGCUACAUAUUCAUGAAUAAACACAUUGUGCAAUGAUCAUUAAAAAAAUUUUUUUUACUGUUUGAAAUGGGAUUGUAGAACAAAUAAAAAGCCAGCCAGAUGUAACAGAAUCUCUAGAGCCUAGGAAAGGAAAUUAAGUAAUGAUGCAAAUGUAAAUGCUGGCAUUGCAGCUUAAUAUACAUGUAAGCCAAAAUUGUUUUAUAGAAAAAGUCAUCUAUAUUGUGUGAUCAUCAUUUAGCUUAAGAAAGGGUAGAGCCCAGAGACCAGCAAAUGUUUUCAUCUGCAAUGUAUCAGCAGUUCUUGGGCUUCAACUGCUGAGUAGAUAACAAUACUAAUUGAAGAUAAAUUACAUGAACCCACAUAUCAAUGAGAGAUAUGGUAUAUUAUUUCUGUUCUUGGUGUAUAAAGUUUGAGCUGCUAUUUUUAUUAUCACUUUAAACAAUUUUAGAUUUGUUUUGAAUUCUUAUUGGCCCUAAAACAGCUUUGUUUUAAAUAAAAAUAAGUAUUUUGAGCAUGUCCAACCCCCAAAUAUACAACAUAAAUGUAUGUAUGUAACACAUAAUGUUCAUAUACUGUAUAUUGUUAAUAACAAUAGAAUCAUAACAUAACAUGUUCAUAAGCAUAUGGUCAUAUAUUGUAUAUUGUUAAUGACAAAUCCUCCUAUGGAUGAAUUCAUAAUUCCGUUCAGUUAUAUAUUAAUUCCAGCAGAGGGUAUUUCCCAUCCCUGUAUAGGAAGGAUUCUUAUGUCGCAGUAACUCCAACUGCCUAGGCAGACAAUAGUAGAAUAGCCAUGAAAAGAAAACUGAAUUAAAACCAAAUAUCGGUCAUUGCCUAAUGUGCUUCUUACAACUGUGUACAUUUUUAUUAUUAUUUUUUAAUUUUUUUGCGGGGCAGUGGGGGUUAAGUGACUUGCCCAGGGUCACACAGCCAGUAAGUGUCAAGUGUCUGAGGCCGGAUUUGAACUCAGGAACUCCUGAAUCCAGGGACGGUGCUUUAUCCACUGCGCCACCUAGCUGCCCCAACUGUGUACAUUUUAAUGUAUUUGAGGUCAGGUUUUUAUUUACAUUUUGCUCUUUUAGCCUCAUGCUAAUGAUUAUUUGGAUUACCAAUGGAGAAAGUGGCACCAAAAGGAACCCAGUGUCAGUAACUGUAAUUUUUAAAGAUUUAAUUUUAUUGGUUGAUAAUCCUUUUAAGCAAUUGAAUAUAAACUAUUAUUUAGCACAGUUCCAUUUAUAUAUUAGAGAGCUUGAUGAUAACUUAAAGUGAUAGGGAUUUUUACUUCCAUCUCAGUUAAACCUGAGUUUACUUUUCACUAAAUUAUUGACCCAUGUAACUGGUCAUUUUCCAAGGCAUGUUUUAUUUAACUGCACAUUACAUGGUAUGGUAUUCAUGCUUAACUUAUGCUGGUACAAAAUUUUUUAAAAUUAUAGUCUUUGUAUCGUGCUAUUAUUAUGUCUUUUGACUUAAGUAACAUUUAAAAUUCAGGUAAAAUUUGGCAUUUGUAUUUUAUUUUAAUAUUCAGCAACUUAUUCCCAUAGUUAGAACAAUUAUAAUCCAUUCCAAGAACUCUCAAAGAAGCUAAUUGAUAUGCAUAUAAACUUGGAUAAAAAUAGUUUUCUUCACCUUCCCAUGUAAUAGAAAUUUCUUUGAGGACUUGAAAUGGUUAUCUUUUUUUUCCACUUAAUUGACUUGUUUUUUUUCAAUUUCAUUCUUUUAAAACAUUUUUACUUAAUAGUAUCUUAUGGGUUUUUUUUUUUGCCAGUUACAUGUAAAGAUAGUUUUCAACAUUAAUUUAUGUAAGAAUUUGAGUUCCAAAAUUUUCUCCUUCCCUCUCUUCCCUCCUCCUUCCCAAAGACAGCAAGUAAUCUGACAUAGGUUUAACAAUCCUGUUAAACAUGUUUCCAAUGGACUCUUUUAAAAAAUAGCAAAUUUUCAGUAGCAUUGAAGUUUGAGUAUCAGAAGUGCUAUAAUGUCUUUAAUAAAAUGCAAAUAGUUUUUAAAGUAUUCAUACUGUUAACAGUGACACAAACUGAAAAGAGCUGUUUGUAUUUACAAUAAACAGUAUUUCCCCAUAGUCUGCCAUAUCCCUAUUAAUUUUAAUUGCAUAUUUAGUCCUUUGUAUGAUUAAGAAUUAUCACCUUAUCCUUUUGUGCCUUAACUUUAUUUUUAUGCUUUUUAAAACUAUAUUGGAUGCCACAUGACAAAUGCAGGAUCAAUAAGCAUAUUUUUGUAAUUUCUCAUCUAAUGUAUAUUGUUCAAUAUCAAGCCAUACAGGAAUUCUAGGAAUGUUUGUACUCUUUUGUUGUUAGCAAGUUGUGUAAGAUUUAAUCUUAACUAAAACAUGAAGAAUUGUCUAUUUUUGUAGAAUGGGUUUUUGUUUUACCAUUAUAAUGGGAAACUGAUACCAGUGAAUGACAACUAAUCAUUCACUACUUGUUUUGCUAAAUAAAAAAAAGUUGUUUCCAGAAAUAUUUUUGGUGUUUGAUGUUAAAAAUAAACAAUACCUACAUUUAUAUAUAUAUUUUUAAAUCAUCAAGUACU